UCCACUGGACGUCAUAACUGUGCGACAAGCUAAUUAGCUAGCUGAGUGACGGCUAGAAACUACUCGAAGGAGAGCAGAGCUAACGCUAACAGUCCGUUACCGGGACAAUCCUCACUUGUAACACGGAGACAGCUGGGUCUCUCUCCAUCAGUGAGUACAGAGAGGUCUGAGCCUCCGCCACCAUGACAGACAACAAGCGUCUCGCCUUCUCCAUCAUCCAGUUCCUCCAUGAUCAGCUCCAGUCAGGGAAUCUGUCCUCAGGCGCCCAGGAGAGUCUGGAAGUCGCUGUUCAGUGUUUGGAAACAGCUUUUGAAGUUUCGACCGAUGACCAGAGCCUCGCCGUCCCCCUGACGUUACCGGAGAUCUUCAACUCAGCCACAGCCAAGUUUCCAGCUCAGUCGCAGGUCAACAAUAACUCCACCCCAAACUCCGUCAGCGAGGACGAGAGAGCCGAGGCCGAGAGACUCAAAACUGACGGUAACGAUCAAAUGAAAGUAGAGAACUUUGGAGCUGCUGUCGAGUUUUACUCCAAGGCCAUCGCCAUAAAUCCUCAGAACGCCGUCUACUACUGCAACAGGGCUGCAGCAUACAGUAAACUGGGAAACUAUGCUGGAGCAGUGCAGGACUGUGAACAGGCCAUCAGCAUCGACCCAAACUACAGCAAAGCUUACGGGAGGAUGGGUUUGGCUCUCGCCAGCCUCAACAAGCACACAGAAGCAGCCACUUUCUAUAAGAAAGCUCUGGAGCUCGACCCCGACAACGACACGUACAAAUCCAACCUGAAGAUUGCCGAGGAGAAGAUGGAAACCUCUAGUCCAACAGCAGGGAUGGGCGGAGUGGAUCUGGCCGGUUUGCUCAGUAACCCCGGCUUCAUGAACAUGGCGUCGUCUCUGAUGAACAACCCUCAGGUUCAGCAGAUGAUGUCGGGGAUGAUGUCGGGAGCGUAUGGGAUGGGAGGAGGAGGAGGAGGAGGAGGAGGCCUAGGUGGCGGGAUCCCCAGCGCCGCUGGAGCCGGUGGAGCUGCUGGAGCUCCUGGAGCCGCUGGUGCUGCUGGACCCGCCGGGGUCGGAGAUUUAUCGGGACUGAUCCAGGCAGGUCAGCAGUUUGCUCAGCAGAUGCAGCAGCAGAACCCAGAACUCAUCGAACAGCUGAGGAGUCAAAUCCGCAACCGGACGCCCAGCGCCGGCAACGAGGAGCAGCCAUGACACUCAGACCUGGUCAGGCAGGUUUGUGUGUGGAGGAGAGCAGCAACACCAACUGUCCUUUUUCUUUCUGAUUUUGGAUCGUUAUAACUCGAAGGACUAAAAGGAAGUUAUUUUUUUUCCAUCACUGAAUAAUUCCUGCACGAGAGAGGCCUCCCGCUUCAUUCAGGAGCCACGUCACCAAAAAAACAACACCCACUUCCUGCGGCUCUGUGUGGUUUUUAAGAGGAACAUUUGGACAUAACACUUUGCUAUCAAACCUAAAGUUAAUUAAUCAAUAAUGAUCUAACAGGAAACUGGACCCCAGAUGUGAAACAGCUGCAGCGAGGCGGGUCAGCGGGUUUAAUACAGAAGCUUGAAAUGUCUGUUUUUUCUUCUGAAAACUACACAGUGUAACUUUAAAUGCAAUUUUUUGUCCAAUACCUUGUUUAUGAUGGAUCUGAGUGUGUGUCUGUGUGUGAAUGAGUAUCAGGGUUAAUUUAGUGUAAAUGGCAGUAAUCCUGUGUGUGUGUGUGUGUGGCGUCCAAGAGGCAGAGACACAGUUUGGGGAAUUAAAAAGAGCAUCUCAACAUUUUA